GCCCGACGCGGUGCUGGUGCUGCGGCGAGGCGAGAGGGUCAGACCCGGCCGGCCCGGGCGGGCGACGCGAGGCCGGCAAGAUGCUGGAAGCGGCCGGGCCGGACCCGGAGCUCGACCCGGAGGACCUGGUGCACUUCUCGGUGGGGGACCUGCCCAGCCGGGGCUACGGGGUGAUGGGCGAGAUCCGGCGGCAGGGCAAGCUCUGCGACGUCACCCUCAAGGUCGGGGACCACAAGUUCAGCGCCCACCGGAUAGUCUUGGCCGCCUCCAUCCCGUACUUCCACGCCAUGUUCACCAACGACAUGAUGGAAUGCAAGCAAGAUGAAAUCGUCAUGCAGGGGAUGGAUCCGAGUGCCCUGGAGGCCCUGAUCAACUUUGCCUACAACGGACACUUGGCCAUCGACCAGCAGAACGUCCAGUCGUUGCUGAUGGGAGCCAGCUUCCUGCAGCUGCAGAACAUCAAGGACGCCUGCUGCUCGUUCCUCAGAGAGAGGCUCCACCCAAAGAACUGCCUUGGAGUGCGCCAGUUUGCCGAAACCAUGAUGUGUGCCGUUCUCUACGACGCUGCCAACAGCUUCAUCCACCAGCACUUUGUGGAAGUCUCCAUGUCCGAGGAGUUCCUGGCCCUGCCCUUCGAAGACGUCUUGGAGCUGGUGUCCAGAGACGAGCUCAACGUUAAGCUGGAGGAGCAGGUCUUCGAAGCCGCCCUGGCCUGGGUGAGAUACGACCGGGAGCGGAGAGAGGCCCGCUUGCCGGAGCUCCUCUCCAGAAUCCGCCUGCCCCUCUGCCGGCCUCAGUUCCUCACGGACCGCGUGCAGCAAGACGACUUGGUCCGCCCCUGCCACAAGUGCCGGGACCUGGUGGACGAAGCGAAAGACUACCACCUCAUGCCAGAGCGCCAACCGCACCUCCCGGCUUUCAAGACCCGCCCACGCUGUUGCACCUCCAUCGCGGGCCUGAUCUACGCCGUCGGAGGACUCAACUCUGCAGCAAAUUUCUACGCAGGUGACUCGCUGAACGUGGUGGAAGUCUUCGACCCCAUUGCCAACCAGUGGGCCCAGUGCCAGCCCAUGACGACGGCACGGAGCCGAGUGGGCGUGGCCGUGCUGAACGGGCUCCUGUAUGCCAUCGGCGGGUACGACGGGCAGCUGCGACUGAGCACGGUGGAAGUUUACAACCCGGAGUCGGAUUCGUGGUCCAAAGUGGGAAGCAUGAACAGCAAACGAAGUGCCAUGGGGACAGUAGUGCUAGACGGGCAGAUCUACGUGUGUGGCGGGUACGACGGCACUUCCUCCCUCAACUCUGUAGAAGUCUAUUCGCCUGAGACGGACAAGUGGAUGGUGGUGACCCCGAUGAGUUCCAACCGCAGCGCGGCAGGCGUCACUGUGUUCGAAGGCAGGAUCUUUGUCUCCGGCGGGCACGACGGCUUGCAAAUAUUCAAUAGCGUGGAGUACUACAACCAUCACACGGAUUCGUGGCACUGCGUGGCCAGCAUGCUCAACAAACGCUGCCGACACGGCGCGGCCUGCCUGGGCAGCAAGAUGUUCGUCUGCGGGGGCUACGACGGCUCGGGGUUCCUCAGCAUCGCCGAGGUCUACAGCUCCAUGGCGGACCAGUGGUACCUGAUCGUCCCCAUGAACACCCGCCGCAGCCGCGUCUCCCUCGUGGCAAACUGUGGCCGCCUGUACGCCGUGGGGGGCUACGACGGACAGUCCAACCUGAGCUCGGUAGAAAUGUACGACCCCGAGACCAACCGCUGGACGUUCAUGGCCCCGAUGGUGUCUCACGAGGGGGGGGUCGGGGUGGGCUGCAUACCACUCCUGACCCUCUGA